AAAUAACAGUAUUAGUUAUCUAUGUAUUUUGCAAACUUUGGACUCCGGAUAUACCUUCAACUAAUAACAGCCACCAUUUUGUAAAAUGGCAAAUGGAUAAAAUGCAAAAUAAAAACGGUUAAUUGAAUCAUGGAUUCGACAAGCACGUUGUCCACUACUCCACUGGGGAGUACAACUACUGGUAUCUCAACAACAACGAUAUGGUUUCCAACCUUUUCACCGCCAUUCGCACCCCACACCGGAGCAGCACCUUGGAGGCUAUCGUACGAUCCCGUACAAAAGUACGGAUUUAUCAUACUGGCUGCCCUCCUGACCACAGUGUUCUUCCUCAUUGCAUGGAUAACUCGCUAUAUAUUGGUUUUCUACUGUGAGUGUGGACCAGAUCCGCUGAAGUACUGGGACAAAACAUAUAGGAAGCAUAUGAAACCACCUCCAAUACCAGCCGUGAGUGACAUCUCUAAAGAGAAUCUUGCCUAUGUUGAAUCAGCCCCUCACUCAAUGUCAGAACAUGGGUCGUACCCCUCUCAUAUGGACCCAUCCGGAGAGAAGCUGGAUCUAGAGAUGCAGAAAGUGCCCCAAGAGAGGAGUGGGAUUCCACUUAGCGGGGGCAGAGAUACUCCGACAGGACGAGGUACACCAACAGGCCGCAAGAGCCCGAAUAGAGAGAGCCCGCGAUACCGUCAGUCACGCCCCUCUACAAGAGGAAUGGAUCCUUUGGAUUACGACUCCGAUGCGAUGUUCUCUGAGGAGCCACAUGUUCAUAUUGAGAGUGAAGACCCGAACAAACCGGGGAGGCUCACUGACAUUAAGGUGGUGGAUCAAUUUGGCCGCCCUGCGUCCCCUAUGCGCGUCCUACAACAACGUGCAUCUGUUGCAAGUGGGGCCAGUGGUAUAGAUGGGCUAGAUGACGAAGGAGCAGUAGGGGGUGCACCUAAGCCACAAUAUAACAUCCAGCGACCAGCCCCCAUGGCACCAAUCCCAUCCUCGCCCCCUGCCGCAACCGGGCAAAAUCUUGACUUUAGACCCGGUGAUACCAAUGCCUAAUGUAAGAGGCACUGUCAUCUGACAUUGAAGGAAAAACAUGGAACAUGAUGUAUAGAUGAAGGACCUUAUGUAUUCAUAUCACAGAGGAUUCAACGAAUCUAUUAAAGGGAGAAUCAGACAUAGUCACCAUUUCAAAAAUGACUAUUUUCUUUUUACUUUUUUUGUUCAACAAGUUGAUUUUUGUUUAUGUUUAUUUUUCUUACAAGUUUUAUACUUAAAAAGACCUUUCUAGUUGUGUAGCUUGAUCCACUUCAUUUGUGUGGCCGCAGCCAGUUUUAGACAUACAGUAUUUCUUCAGUUUUUCAACCAAAAACUUUGGAAAUGAAGAUAGAAAAUGGCAAUAUCCAUGCACUGUACAUUCUUAAGCAUAAAGAGUCCCUAUUCAAAUUUUUGUUUAGCCUAAUAUUAAAUCCUGGCUACAUCCCAAAGUUGAUAGACUACAUCAUUAGGUGAAUUUCUUUUAUAAAUGUUGGAUGGUAUAAAUUAAAAAUCAAGUUCAAACGGAAAUUGUUUCAGCCCUCUAUAAAAGAUUCUACCUUUAAUAUCGUUGAACAUUUCUGUUUACAGGGACUCAUCACUUCUGAAUAUUUGGCACUCUCAAUAUGUACAUACUGUGUACCAUAUAUGUAAACCAACAAUAAGGCGGUGACUUUAAAGAUGCAUUGUAUAUCUUCACUCAUUUUUUAUAUUGUAAAUAGCCUGAUAAUAACCACUAGCUUUUUAGAUGCCAUGAGAUAAUUAGCACAUAACAUGUAUAAUAUCCAAAAUUUUGAAAAUUCAAAUUAAUUGAUAUAUAAAGGUGUAAGGGAUGAUCAUUGAUCAAUCAAAUAAAAAAUCAGUCUACAAGUUAUUCUGUAAUUAUGCUUUUAUACUUAAAUAAAUUAGAUUGUUUUUAUCUAUUUGAUGAACUUUCUGAGUUUUGCUAUCAUUGCACAUUUGCACCAUUUCUUGUGAAACCACAUUCCACAUUAAGUUACAGACUCACUAAAAUUUUGAUCAAAAUUAUUAUAACGUUAAGAACGUUGACCAGAUGGGAGAGUACGACCAAAUGUUUAUAGCUGAAAAUGAAACUUUUUAUUUUAUUUUUGGGCAUUGGAUGUGAUUGGUGGUUUAACUAAAGGUAUACUGUAAAUUAGUUUUUUUCAUCAGUGAAAAUCUGGACACAUUACCCAAUCAACUAUAAAGACAAUAGAGGGAACAUGUUAAAUUAGAACUUAAUGCAAAA